UUCACAUGGCUGUGAAUAUACAAAAUGCCGUAUUUAGUUAUAGUAUUAAUAAUGUAAUUCUUGAUGAUUUAACGGUGCAAAUACCGAAAGGUAAAAUAUUUGCAAUGUUAGGUCAAAACGGAACCGGAAAGACAACAUUAAUGCGUGUAAUAUUAGGACAAUUAAAAUUAACAUCAGGCACAAUUAAAGUCUUUAAGAAAAAACCAGGUUCUGUGGGUUCGGGUAUUCCCGGACCGGGUGUUGGGUAUAUGCCUCAGGAAUUGGCGUUAUUUGAUUAUCUCACAAUCGGAGAAAUACUUAAUUAUUACGGAAUGAUAUAUCAUAUGACACGCGAGGAAAUUGAUGAAAAUGUUUGUAAUUUAAAAGAAUUAUUGCAUUUACCGGAAAAUUCCCAAAUAAUUAGUCAAUUAAGUGGUGGACAACAGCGCCGGGUGUCGAUCGCCAUAACAAUGUUACACAAACCCAGACUCGUUAUAUUGGAUGAGCCCACUGUU